AGUCCGGGCCGUCCUAAGAGACAAGGUGUGACGGGGACGCGCACUUCUUUGUAAGCGAACGGGCAGUGAACCGCACCGCCGCCUCGCUACAAACGGGAAGCGGCUCUUGUCAGUUUGGACUGUUUCAGGUGUGAAUUCAGCGGUUUGUUCGCAACACAUUUGGCUUUUCUUUAUGACGCACAGAGAGGUCUGACUCGUGCGUAAAGCUGUAAAACCAACGUGCCCCCAAAAAAAAAGCGAGAAGAAAACUGAUUUACAGGCGAAACUGCGCGUUAAAACUUCCCAGACUUCACUUCGGUGGCGUUUUCACUCCAGUGCACGUGUUUCCUGCUGGAGAUGUCGGCCAGGUGAGCUGCUGUUCGCCAGGGCUGGAUGAGAUGUGACCAUGGCCUUUACGCACCGGCUCGCUCUGCUCCUGCUCGGCUUCAGCUCCAUCCUCACGGUUAAUGGAAAGUUUCCUAGCUGCCAGUUCCAGUGGGAGAUGCAGAGAGCCAGGAGAGAGUGUCAGACGCAACUGCAGCAACAGACUCCAUCUAGCACAGGAUGUCGCGGCAUGUGGGACAAUAUCUCCUGUUGGCAGAGUGCGGCGAUCGGCAGUGUGAUAACCCGCCCCUGCCCCCUCUCCCUCCUGCACCUGUUUGGAAAAAACGGUAACCUCAGCAGGAACUGCACAGAGACCGGUUGGUCUGACGUCUAUCCCGUCAUCACCGUCGCCUGCUGGUCCAACAACACGGGUGAACCCAGCGAGCUGGUCUUCUACAGGAUAGUGAGGAUCCUGGCCACUCUGGGCCACAGCCUGUCCCUCAUCACUCUGCUCACCAGCACCAUCAUCAUCUGUCUGUUCAGGAAGCUCCACUGCACGAGGAACUACAUCCAUGUGAACUUGUUUUUGUCGUUCAUGCUUCGAGCUGUGUCCGUGCUGAUCAAAGACGCGCUGCUCUUCUCAGGCGACCAAAACACCGACUGCAGCACGCAACCCUCGCUGGUGGGCUGCAAGGCCAGCCUGGUGUUCUUCAACUACUUCGUCAUGGCCAACUUCUUCUGGCUGCUGGUGGAGGGUCUGUACCUGCACACGCUGCUGCUCGUCAUCCACAGCUACUCCACCCGCCUCUCCAUGUACAUGCUCAUCGGCUGGGGAAUCCCUUUAGUUUUCAUGGUAGCGUGGAUCAUAUGCAGGGUAAAACUGGAGGACACGAGGUGUUGGGAGUUCAAUGACAACCCUGUCCCCGACAGAGUGAUGAACUGGCCCAUCAUGGCUUCUGUCAUUAUCAACUUCAUCCUGUUCAUCAGCAUCAUCCGCAUCCUGGUGCAGAAGCUGCGCUGCACUGACGUCGGAGGAAAUGAGCAGUCGCAAUACAAACGUCUGGCGAAGUCCACCCUCCUGCUGAUCCCUCUGUUUGGGGUGAACUACGUGGUGUUAGUCUACCUGAUGGAGCCCACUGACAGAGACAUGCAGCGUGUCAAGAUUGUCUUUGAACUUGGCCUCGGCUCCUUCCAGGGUCUAAUUGUGGCUGUCCUCUAUUGUUUCCUCAACAGCGAGGUCCAGACCGAGCUGAGGAGGACGUGGAGGAGUUUAUCACUCAAGCGUUACGUGGGGCGGGACUACAGGCUGCACGCCAUGUCUGUCAGCCGCAACGGUAACGAAAGCUCUCAGUUCCCCAGGAACUCCCGAGCUCAGUCCAUCCUGCAGACUGAGACCACCGUGAUCUGACCGGGGGAGACAUUCAGAACUGAUGCCCACAUUUAGGCAGAUACAGUCAAGGUUCAAAGUCUCACUGAAGGACACAUAUUGUUUGCUCCUGCUGUGAUUGAACCUGUGACCUGCAGACGUUUCUGAGGACUUCUUGUUGGACCGUGUAUACACCCCCCCCACUCCCACUCAUCUCCAACAACCACCCAGAAAAAAAUCAAGAAAAGAUGACCGUAACUACUAUAGUAUUCAAGAUCAUUCAACAAAACAGUAAGAAAAUAGACAAUACACCAAAAACAUAAUCAUAUGUAUACAUGACAACACCAUAAGUCCAUCAUACACGUCUCUCCCCAGCACAAAGCUUCUUAGGAGCCCUCCAGAAAGGCACAGCCGGCACCUCCCCCCCUUUAAUAUUAUUAAAGUUGCAUGUAAAGACUAAGUCCAAAAUACUGCAUCAGUUUUGGAUAAACACACUCAACACACUUCUAUAUUCUCAGUUGUCUCAUAUUUUUCUGGGAGACAGCUGAGUGUCACAUCUGUUACAUUAAAGAUAUACACCUAAAGGAUUAUUAGGAACAACAUACUAAUACAGUGUUUGACCCCCUUUCGCCUUCAGAACUUGUUUGUGUCAU